AUGGCGGAACAGAUCGAGGACUUGAAGGUGAGAGCGGAGAGCUCAAAGCUCGUCAAGCCUUUGUACCAAGGCGAACCACCUUGCGCCGAUCUCUGCAUUCCGCUGAGUGUCUUCGAUAAGAUCACUUACAACCUCCACGUGGAACUUAUCUACGCCUUCCGGCCGCCGACGCCAUCGAACUCGGACAUCGAGAAGGGCCUCGCCACGGCGCUCUCCGAGUACCGUGAGUGGGCUGGCCGGCUGCGCGAGGAUGCCCAGGGUGAGCUCGUCAUCCUCCUCAAUGACGCCGGGAUACUGUUCGUCGAGGCGACCUCGGACGACGUGCUCGGCCGGGACGUCCUCGAGCCGUCGCGGGCCUUGCACCGGCUGCAUCCGUUGGUCAACGGCGUGGAGGAGCUGUUGCAGGUGCAGCUGACGAGGUUCGCGUGUGGAACCCUGGUGGUGGGCUUCACGUCGCAUCACAUGGUCGCGGAUGGCCACUCCAUGAGCAGGUUCAUCGUGGCAUGGGGCCUCGCCACACGGGGCCUCCCGAUGGAUCCCCUUCCCUUGCACGGCCGCGGCGCCUUCUUCAUCCCCCGCAACCCACCUCGCGUCGAGUUCGAGCACCGUGGGGUGGAGUUCACGGCCAAGAACGCGUCCGACACCGAGGAGGACGUCCCUCUGACGGCCGACCUAGUGGUCCACAAGGCGCACUUUAGCAGAGAAUUCCUGGAGAGUCUCAAGGCCAAGGCCUCUCUCGGGGCCGACCGGCGCUACACCACGUUCGAGAGCUUGAUGGCGCACUUAUGGCGAGUCGUGAACGUAGCCCGUGGGCUGGACGAGCACAUCCCCAGCACCGUCCACAUCUCCGUCAACGGCCGCGCGAGGCUGAGGCCCCCCGUGCCGGACGAAUACUUCGGCAACCUGGUGGUGUGGGCGUGUCCCCGCGCGAAGGUUGGGGAGCUCGUCAACAGGCCACUGCAGUCCAUCGCGGAGGUCGUCCGCGAGGGAAUCGCGAAGAUGGACGACAGAUAUUUCAGAUCGUUGAUAGAUUUUGCGAGCUCGAAGGAGGUGACGGAGGGCCUGAAGGGGACGAUCGAAGCGAAAGAGGCGGCGUUCUGCCCAAACUUUGAGGUGAACAGCUGGGUGAGGUUCCCGUUCUGGGACCUCGAUUUUGGUAGUGGGAAGCCCUUCUUGUUCAUGCCGAGCUUCUAUGCCGUGGAGGGGAUGAUAUUCUUGGUAGAAUCCCCCACCGGAGACGGAAGCAUCGACGUUUAUGUUACUUUGUUCAGCCACAACUUGGACUCGUUCAAGCAGCUAUGCUGUCUGCUCGACUAG